UUGACAUCCAAAAACUAUGAUUUCAGGAAUGAAUGCUUGGACCUAAUAUAAUGCUUGGAACUUAAACGGAACCAUAGGAAGAAAAAUCCAGAGAAUCUCAAAUCAUAAUCAAAUUACAUCAGAAAUUCAAUCAUGUAUGGAAGUGCUCGGUCAGUUGGGAAAAUUGAGCCAAGUAGCCAGAGUCCUGGGCGUUCACCACGGCUGCCACGUUCACCACGAUUGGGCCAUCGUCGAACCAACAGCACAGGGGGCAGCUCUGGAGGUAGUACUGGAGGUGGAAGUGGCAAGACACUUUCAAUGGAAAAUAUCCAGUCCUUAAAUGCUGCUUAUGCCACGUCAGGCCCUAUGUACCUAAGUGAACACGAAAAUGUGGGCGCAGACACACCUAAAAGCACCAUGACCCUUGGCCGAUCUGGGGGUCGUUUGCCUUAUGGUGUUAGAAUGACUGCAAUGGGCAGCAGCCCCAACAUUGCCAGUAGCGGGGUCGCCAGCGAUACUAUUGCAUUUGGAGAACAUCACCUUCCUCCUGUGAGCAUGGCUUCUACAGUGCCUCAUUCACUACGCCAAGCCAGGGACAACACAAUAAUGGACCUGCAGACACAACUAAAGGAAGUUCUCCGGGAAAAUGAUAUAUUGCGGAAGGAUGUAGAAGUGAAAGAAAGCAAACUUAGCUCCUCCAUGAACAGUAUCAAGACAUUCUGGAGUCCUGAGCUGAAGAAAGAGAGGGCCCUGAGGAAAGACGAAGCAUCCAAAAUCACAAUUUGGAAAGAGCAGUAUCGGGUGGUUCAGGAAGAAAAUCAGCAUAUGCAGAUGACUAUUCAAGCUCUUCAGGAUGAACUUAGGAUCCAGAGGGACCUGAACCAACUUUUCCAGCAAGACACCAGCAGUAGAUCCAGUGAACCGUUUCUGGCCGAACUAACAGAAGAAAACUUCCAACGGCUGCAUGCAGAGCAUGAGCGUCAAGCCAAGGAACUCUUCUUGCUACGCAAAACCCUGGAAGAAAUGGAGUUGCGCAUCGAGACCCAGAAACAGACCUUAAAUGCUCGUGAUGAGUCAAUUAAAAAAUUACUGGAAAUGCUGCAGAGCAAGGGAUUGUCUGCAAAAGCCACCGAGGAAGAUCAUGAGCGCACAAGAAGGUUGGCAGAGGCUGAAAUGCAUGUUCAUCACCUGGAAACCUUACUGGAGCAAAAGGAAAAGGAGAGCAGCUUGCUCAGAGAAGAGAUGCACCGUCGUUUUGAAAAUGCUCCCGAUUCUGCCAAAACUAAAGCUUUACAGACUGUUAUAGAAAUGAAGGAUUCUAAAAUUUCUUCUAUGGAACGUGGACUCCGGGAUUUGGAAGAAGAAAUCCAAAUGUUGAAGUCAAAUGGUGCACUCAGCACAGAGGAACGUGAAGAAGAAAUUAAGCAAAUGGAGGUGUAUCGUAGCCAUUCCAAAUUUAUGAAAAACAAGGUAGAGCAACUGAAGGAAGAGCUAAAUACCAGAGAGAUUCAAGGGGAGGAACUGAAAAAAAAAGUGGCCGAUCUCCAGACAGAGGUCUCUGCCAUUGGUCAAGUGAAACAGGAACUAUCCCGGAAAGAUACAGAGUUGCUGGCUUUACAGACAAAAUUGGAAACCCUCACAAACCAGUUUUCUGAUAGCAAGCAACAUAUUGAUGUACUCAAGGAAUCCCUCACAGCAAAAGAACAGAGAGCUGCCAUCCUGCAAACAGAGGUAGAUGCACUUCGGUUGCGCCUGGAAGAGAAGGAGGCAAUGUUGAACAAAAAGACUAAGCAAAUUCAAGAGAUGGCUGAGGAGAAGGGAACGCAAGCUGGAGAGAUUCAUGAUCUCAAGGAUAUGCUUGAUGUGAAAGAACGCAAGGUUAACAUUCUUCAAAAAAAGAUUGAAAAUCUUCAGGAGCAACUAAGAGACAAAGAGAAACAAAUGAGCAGUUUGAAAGAAAGAGUAAAAUCCCUGCAAGCUGAUACCACCAACACCGAUACAGCCUUGACUACGCUAGAGGAAGCACUGGCAGAAAAGGAGCGUACUAUUGAGCGUCUCAAGGAGCAGCGUGACAGAGAUGAGCGAGAAAAACAAGAGGAGAUUGACAACUAUAAAAAAGAUAUGAAAGACCUUAAAGAGAAAGUCAGCAUCUUGCAAGCAGAUCUUACAGAAAAGGAGACUACACUCCUGGAUUUGAAGGAACAUGCUUCAUCAUUAGCAUCAGCAGGAUUGAAAAAAGACUCUAGACUGAAAACAUUAGAAAUUGCUUUAGAGCAAAAGAAGGAAGAAUGCCUGAAAUUUGAAUCUCAGCUGAAAAAGGCUUAUGAAGCAACCAUUGAGGCCAGGGCCAAUCCAGAGAUUAAUGAUAGAUUUCAGCAGAUCGAAAAAGAGGUGACCCAGUAUCGAGAAGAGUCUACCAAGGCUCAAGCUGAAGUUGAUCGCUUGCUGGAAAUCCUAAAAGAGAUGGAAAAUGAGAAGAAUGAUAAAGAUAAGAAGAUAGCUGAACUGGAAAGGCAAAUUAAAGAUCAGAAUAAGAAGGUAGCAAAUUUAAAACAUAAAGAACAGGUGGAGAAGAAAAAGAGUGCACAAAUGUUGGAAGAAGCAAGGAGACGGGAAGACAAUCUUAAUGACAGUUCCCAGCAGUUACAGGAUAGUUUGCAUAAGAAGGAUGAUCGAAUUGAGGAGCUAGAAGAAGCACUGAGAGAGAGUGUACAAAUAACUGCAGAACGGGAAAUGGUAUUAGCUCAAGAAGAAUCAGCCAGGACACAAGCUGAAAAACAGGUAGAAGAGUUGAUGAUGGCUAUGGAGAAAGUAAAACAAGAACUGGAAUCUAUGAAAGCAAAGCUGUCCUCUACUCAGCAGUCUCUGGCUGAAAAGGAAACCCAUUUAACUAACUUGCGGGCUGAACGGAGGAAGCAUUUGGAGGAGGUGCUAGAGAUGAAACAAGAAGCCCUUCUAGCUGCCAUUAGUGAAAAAGAUGCCAACAUUGCUCUCCUGGAGCUUUCGUCCUCUAAGAAAAAAACUCAAGAGGAAGUCGCUGGAUUAAAACGUGAAAAAGACCGCUUGGUUCAGCAGCUGAAACAACAGACUCAAAAUCGCAUGAAACUGAUGGCAGAUAAUUAUGAAGAUGAUAAUCUGAAAUCAUCCCAUUUCAAUCAAACUAAUCAUAAACCCUCCCCAGACCAGGUAAUUCAGCCUCUUUUAGACCUUGAUCAGAAUCGUAGCAAGUUGAAGUUAUAUAUUGGACAUUUGACAGCCCUAUGCCAUGACCGGGACCCUCUGAUUCUCCGUGGACUCACUCCUCCCACAUCCUACCACCUGGAUGAGAAUCGUGCAGCUUGGGAGAAGGAGCUGCAGAAGAUGACUCUGGAGCAGCUUCACAACGAGUUGGAAAAGGCCGAGAAGGACAGCGCAGAGCUACAAGAGUUUGCGAAUGCCAUUCUCCAGCAGAUAGCCGAUCACUGCCCAGACAUCCUGGAGCAAGUUGUCAAUGCACUUGAGGAAUCAUCGUGACUGAAGCCAGCACUGCUUCUCCAGAGCAGCCUGCCACGAGGUCAGGCUCUCCCAGUUCAAGGAGUCAUGAGAAUAAUAAAGCAUAUGAAAAGGGGAGGAGGGGGAGGAAACACUCUUGGUGCACCUUUUUAUAAACAAAUGAACAUAAACUGGUAAUUCCUCCAGUCGAUAAUGCCUGCAUUCAUCUUCUUACUGCCUUUCUCCAUUGGAAUAUAUGCCGUUCCCGUUGGCUCUGGGAUGUGUCCGCUCUGAAAUUUGCCAAGACUAGAAAGUGUGACGAGGCACUUGCCUUUAUUUUACUUUCCAAGUAAUGAACAUCUUUGGCCUGUGUGAGGAAUUCAAUGUCCUCUAAUAGUGUCUUAUAAUGGGCCAACAUCCAUUUAGCUAGGUUUGCUGCUUAUGUCUCUACAAGAGGAUUGAUCCUAAAGGAGAGGUGGGAAGUGUCCCCCAUUCUUAGUGAUGCAUUCUGUUAAAUAAGCACAGGAUACGUCCCUGUGUUUUCUUUAUUGUUCUGCUUAUUGUGAGCCUCAUUUUUGUUUACCAAAAUGAGCUAUGAAAUCUGGUGGCUGUUUUCUUCAGCUCAUUUUCUUGGUAUUUUUAGUCAACUUUAGUAUAACACUAUUGUUGCAUUUUUGAUUGAACUGUGCCCCCCCCCCUUUUUUUUCCCCCACUUCUCUCAUUUUAUCUGAUUUCUGGGUUCUUAGGGAGUUCCAUCAUAUCCACAGUGGUAUGUUCCAGAGCCUCCAUCAGUGAUUGAGAGCUCAGAAUAGCUUUUCUACAUGGGAUUAGGUUAACAUAUUGCAAUUCGCAGCCUAAUUAGGAAUCUGAAUAUUCAUUUGAAUUAUAUUAAUAUAAUAUAUUAGUAUAUUAUAUUAGUAUAUUAUUAUAUUAAUAAUAAAAACACCUUUUGACUAAGGGCACUACUAGUUCUAUGCAUAAUUUAUUCUUAAAAACAUUCACUGGAACUUUGGUUUGCUAUAUUCCUGCCUUCAUUAAACUAAUUUCCUUAUUUCAGGAUUCAGGAUCAUGCGGAAUCUUUAGAGCAUAAAUAUGCUCCUUCUUUGACAAAGAACGCAAUAUCUACAAUAUAGUCUCACUUUAAAAAAAAAUUUCUUCCUUUCUGGAUGCCAUAUAUUGCAUUCUUCAUCACUGAUGUCCUCUUUUCCUUGCUGCCUCAUCUCUAUCCAGCACAUGCCCAUCUUCAGAUCUGGGAAGCCAGCUCGCAUGAUGUCAUGCAUGCAAUUUUCAAAGAAUGCAGUGGGGCAAAUUAGGUGUUCAUGUUGUCUUGUAGAUGCUUCAGAAAACGGAUUGGGCAUAAAUAAGCUUGGUUUUGAAUUAUAAACAGCCUUUCUUCCUAGGGGUUUCCUAAUGAAGGGUUCAUAUUGCUCUUAGUUAGCACCUCCAUGGUUUUAGAGAUCUGUAAUGAUAGCUUUAAAGCAACUAGAGCCUCUAGUUAAUGCUUUUUAACAUAAAAGAGACCUGAGUGAUCUUAAAUUGGCAAGUUGCCUUUACCGGAAGGCAUAUAGACAGCAACUUAUACAUAGUAUUCACCCAUGUCUCAUAUUAAAGCCACAUCUUUGGCCCUAAUUCCUUGAAUGGCAUAUUUUGGUAUGACCUGCUGCUUUGAAAGCUUCCUGUCAGAUUUUCCUCCUUCAUCCAUAAUUACUCACUGUAGGAAUUUAAUGCUGCCUAUAAAACCAUCUCAGCCUUCAGGCCUAACUUUUGCCACCAGUUCUUAUCCUAUUGAGUUAUAUGGUUGGAUCUUCAGCCGCCCUUGUUCCCUGCUGUAAAAUAAUCCAUUCUCUGUAGGAAAAGCUCUGGAAUUUCCUUAUCUCUGGUUGAAAUUACUUCUGCUUGUAAACUUAGCUAAGAUUCUCCUUGAUAGCUUUUUGUUUUGUUUUGUUUUGUUUGAAGGGGGAAUUUUUCUGAAAAAUGGAGAAGAUAGUUGGUGCUAUUCUCAUGUACUUAUUUCCCUGUUUAUGCUAAAGCUUCUUGAGCAUUUAACUCUUCCCCCACACGUGGCUACACUAAUACAAAACAGGAUCUGUUACAAAAAAUAUAAUAUUCCAAGAACAACUUAAAAGGCCCCACUGCAAUGAAAUGGUGAUAAAUACUAUUGUUUGCAUUCCAUUCACCACUUUCUGGGGAGGGGGGAGAAAGUUGUUAAAUUACUCUUAUUAGUAUAGCAGCUGUUGAACCCUUGCCAUUCUUCUCAUACAUCUGGACUGUAGCUCCCGUGUAGCUUUUCUUUUCCUUCCUGUAUAAAAUCUUUUCCCUUUACCAUGGAUUUUCUUGCAUUUUAAGGAUGGAUCUAAGCCUUCAAUAAAAACUUGAGAAAAAAAUGCACAAACAAGUUCUUAUCUAUAUUGCAGGUAAUCUUUAGGCCAUUUGGAAAGAGGACCUGUCUUUCUUCAUUUCUCUAGGAACUGUUGGCCUUAAAUACAAAUAGCUGGCCGUGAGUUUGUAGAUCCUAUUCCGGUUGGCCAUGUCAUCUAGGAAUCCUGGACACUCCAGUCCUGAUCUCUCUGAAAGUUGUAAGUUUAGGAGUAAUUCUGGAAGAGCAUAAUAUUCUUAUUUCCUUUUUAUCAUAAAAUAGAAGAUGGUUAACAAUCUUGUAGAUUUAAAUAAUUUUGGCUCCAUUGCAAGUCAAAACGAAAUGCUCAGACUUUUGUCUGGUAAUCUGAUAUUUCAGUGAACAGUCACAGCUUUCCUCAGUUUUGAUAUCUUUAUGGUCUACUACAAGUAAGGCCAAGCUUUUGUGUCCAGAAAAUAUACCCCGAGAAGUUUUUCUGGAAAAGCAUUCUUUUUUUAUGUGCCUCGUUACUCACUUCAGUUUUACAUGAAUUUUAUUUACAUUAGCCAUGUCAAUAGAUUUUAUUGGCUAACAAGGCUUGUCUAUUUUGAGAAUUGUUUUCCUUUUCGUUCAAGCUCUGAAAAGCUGAUUUUCUGUUAAUAAAAUAUGUUCCGUGAUCUCCAAAGAUGCUGCACAGAGAAAAUUUGAACAUAUUAACAGCUUCUUGAAAAAUUAAGGUAAUUUCUUGUGCCAUCCUCGUUGGAUUGUUUAAUGAUCCAGGUGUUCACUCUUAAUUUCAUCAAAACCAGAUUUCAAAUAUUUUUUUAAAGAGGAAAGGGGAACUUCAACUUCAGAAUUAUGCAAUUAUAAACAAAACAAGAGGUCAAUGUAAAACACCUUUCUUUUUUAACGAUUUGUUACAAUGACUACUUUUGGCCCUUGUUUUUAUGUAGGAAUGCCAAGUACUAUCUGAGAACUCCCAAAGACUUGCAAUAGCUAAAGAAACAAAAAGUACAGCAAAAUAGAUGUAUCAUCAAAUACCAUUUGUUUAAUGUGGGGAAGAAUUAAAGGUGGCUGGGAAUAUAUAGACAUCCACAUUCAUCAGUAGUAUUGAACAUCUGUUUCUUCUAUCAAUUCUAAUAUAUUCUGUCAGGAAAAUUUCUAUAUCUGAACAUAAAAUAAACUUCUAAUCUCAUAUGAGUAGAUCGCCAUAGCAUAGAAUCCUGGAGUGAUUUUAUGGAAAUAGGAUACAUUUUUGUCACAAUUAUUGGAAUCCGAGAGGUGCUAUUUCUGCAAUAGAAGUGAAAGCAGAUUGCUGCAUAUCGAAUAUAUUCUCCUUUGGAAAAGGUGACAGAGCAGAGAAAUUGGGCAGUGGGUGGUUUGGGGCUGCCAAAGUUACCAAGACAAAUUUUUCUCUUGCCAAACACUCAAUCUUUAUCAGUGCAACCGGUGCUGCUUUUGUAAUAAACGUUUUUUACUUUUUUUCCAUUUAUAAAGGAAGCUGUUACCUUCUGAACAAAAUGGCUGUCUGUCGACAUUUUUUUUAAACAAGAGAAUAAAAGCAUUUCCGAACUUUUUAGUGUCAAAAGCGUUAAACAUAAGAAUACUGAUUUUUUUUCCAGUGCGUGUGGUGAGUGCUGUAACCCUGUCAUCAUUGGUAUUCUUAAAAUCUUUCAGGGUUUGUUUUUGUUUUUUUAAAUUUUAUUUUUCUGUUUUGUUCUCUGCUUGUCAAUUUACUGUCUGUGUGAUCCUCUGGCUGGGGCAGUUACUGACUGUGUGUCUAUUGUCUGAUUUUAAAUUUUAAAAAAGGUAGAGUAGAAAUUGAAAAGUUGUACUUUAAAAAUAUAAACACUAAAUGUAUUGUCCAAAGGAAUUCAAAUAUGAAUCGGCAAAGUUGUGAACUCCUCUUUUUACAGUUAUCUUAAGCCAGGGGUCCCCAAACUUGACAACUUUAAGACUAGUGGAAUUUACCUCCCAUCAUUCUCCAGCCAGCGUUGCCAAGUUUGGAGACCUCUGUCUUAGGCAGUUCCCAAUCUUGUUCAUUUUAAGCAUGGCUGGUUGGGGAAUUCUGGAAGUUGAAAGUACUUAAAAUUGGCAAGAUUGGGAAAUUCUGGUUUAAGGAAACAGAUGACUUAGGUUCAAGAUACCUUUUAGUUGCCUUUUGUCAGUCUUGAGGAAGACCAGACCAGUGUGGCCUUCACAGGAACAUCACUAACUCUUGAUUUCCUCACUAUAUCAUAUGGUAAUACAUGGAGUCCCUUUACAAGAGAAAAAUAAAUUAGUCCUGCAAUUGUAUUUUUUUUCAAGUUUCUUAUUUUUUUUAGUAGUGCAAAUUUAAAUUGAAGGGAUGCAUGGAAGUUGGCAUUCAUACUCUGAAUUUUUUUACACAUAACUUAAAUUAUAUUUCCAAUGCCUCUGCCAAGAGUUCAAUUGUUUCUUUGAAAAUAUAAUCUUAAAGGGCUUGUCAUUGUGGUAGAAGAUUUCUACUACUGCUCCAGGGUUUGGCUAACAUAAAUAUGCAUAGCAUAAUUAGAUUUAUUAUUGCUGCUAAUCAUAUCUUAAACAUGAAUGUACUUUCAAACAUUCUGAACCUGGUUAGUUUGGGGAAUACCUUUCACCUUUUCCAUUUGAAAUAACCAGUGUUUCAGCAGAGAUGUAUCUGAAUUACUAUCAAGUGUUUCCUGUCAGAAAAAGAACACUGAAUUUAUUGCAGAUGGUUUGUAAUUUCACCCUUGGGACAUUCUUAUUAAUGCUGCAUCUUAAAGGUUUGAGCCAAGUUUAAUUCAUAAUUGCCUUUAGGUUUUUUUUUCCAUCUGUUUUUGACUUAGAUGAAAUAAUGCAUCUUUCAGGCAUUCACCAAAUAAACUAAAUUUGUCUUGAGCAUCUCCUUAAAUACAAACAGCUCAUAAGCUUGACUUACCUAUAGUAGCAGUCACAUUACUGAUGGCUUGUACCUAUUAUUUUAAGGAUAGUUCAAGCGAAUGAGAUGCAGUUGCUCCUAUAACUUGAAAUGCAUGCUGUUAAUUCAUCCCUGCCAAAAUAGUUGAUUAUUUUCAUCAGACUUAGUUUAUGAUGAAUUUAGAACACUAAGUUCUGUUUUAUCAAAUUAAUCACAAAGAUAGUAUAGUAGGCUGU